UUGAUACUGUCGCUUGUACUCUACAUUCGCAAACGUAACAUUUCGGCGCGAUCUUAAAAGAUUUCCACAUUGUCAAAGGUCCUCUGCACUGAGUUAAAGAGAAAUUUGAAACAUGCAUCAUCUGCACUUUUGGAUCUAUUUCAUAGGUAUUGCAACGAGCGCUAUCUUCCAGAUUAUCCAGUCCCCAACGUUUCUGCAGCUAUAUGUUGGAGACACCGCGGUCAUCCAUUGCAGUCUCUUAGGUUGCGCAGUCAGACGUUAUUUCUGGAAUAAAACUACAGAAUGCGAAAAUAGGACACAUGACCUUUUUAAUAGUAGCCGGAUAUCGAUUUCUGUGUCCGGCACUAUUAGGGUUGAAAACGUGACGGGUUCUGACAGUGGGCUGUAUUACUGCCGAGUGAUCCACAGGUGCUUGAAGCAGAGCCCUGGAGCAAUCCAUGGUAACGGGACUCGUUUAAAGGUCUUGGAGACCCCCAGUCUGCACCUCCAGUUCAAUUUAUCUUCUAACAAUCCUGAAGACCUCAUCCUGACCUGCAGUGCUGUGGGUUUCUACUCUUCCGAUUUCACUCUGUCCUGGCACCAUUCUCUCCCUGAGGUGCUCUAUGCCACCCAGCAGGAUGCACACCCAGCCCUUCAGGUUGGCACAUACAGCCGAAGCUCCACUCUGUUGGUCACCAAGACACUGUGGGCACCGGGGACUGAGAUUGGGUGUGAAGCAAAUCAUACAUCAUUGAGAAGACCUCUGAAGAAGUACAUUAGGAGUCCAUUAGAGAAAGCUGACUCAGGUUUGGAAUAUGCAUAUUUAUUUGCUCUUCUUGCUCUGCCAAUAAUUUUGGGCUGCAUUUAUUUCAUUUUGAAUUUCUUCAGAACCACAGCGGAGUCAGAUGCUGCUACAUCCAGAGGUAAAAGGAACAAAGAAAUGGAGGAGCAGGUUGAACUGCAGUAUUCCAUUUUCUUGAACAAGGACCUAAAGAAAUUCCCUUUCAUUCAAAAACAGAAACAUCACCAAGUGUUUAUACAAGCAGGUGAAGCUGAAAGUUGGGGAUUUCGUAAAAUCUGA